AUGUCCAAAUCAGACAACUGGGCUGUCGCCGAGAACCUCGAUGCUACCGAAGGCAACGACCAAGCGGUCGCCCUCUCCAAGAUCAUCCAACACGAGGACUACAACGGUUUCACCAUCAGCAACGACAUCUCCCUGCUCAAGCUGUCUCAGCCUCUGACCUUCAACGACUACGUGGGCCCCAUUGCCCUUCCCGAAGCAGGUCAUGCUACCUCUGGUGAAUGCAUCGUGUCCGGCUGGGGUGCUCUCUCUGAAGGAGGAAGCUCCCCCAGUGUCCUCCAGAAGGUGUCCGUUCCCAUCGUAGGCAAAGGACUUUUGUCUGAUUAUGCAAUACUCUUGGCGCAACAACACAGCAUGAAUAAGAUAAACCCUUUGUUCGGUGAUCCCAGUGGAAUAUCCAUUAAUGACAAGGGUUUUAUUUCCUUGUACUUGAUGGCGUGUGAACUUAUGGCCAAGUCGACCUCCCGAAGAUGCCUAGGAAUUCUGUAUCACUGGACGACCAAUUGCCUCCCUGGGGACUCUCAACACUGCAAAAAACGAAAGUCAGAUUCCUAA